AUACCAAAAAAGUAUAUAUAUAUAUUAUAUAACUUAUUUGGGGAAUCUUGAAAAGAGGCUAAGAUUUGUUAAAGUUGCUAGUAGCUUUAUUGUGUUUUGAUCAAAAGUUACAAUCUUUCCCAUUGUAGGUUUGAUCCAUAAUAAUAAUAAUAAAAAAUCUCUUAUGUGGGAAAUCUUGAAAAAAGUGGCAUUAAUGGUGUUUGGGGGAGUUUGCUUGAGUUUGAUUCAAAUUAGUGGUUUUCUGAUGUAUAGUUCUGAUAUCUUUUUGUGUCUUUGGUGUGCUAUAUGUUAGAAUUUGUAAAAGGUGUUUGCUUUAUUACUUAUUUUGUGACAUUUUUUUUUGUGUUUUCAUGAUGGGGCUGUAGAUUUUUUUUUUUUUUGAUGAUUUGGAUUAGAAUUGGAGUUGGGCUUCUGGGUUUUUCAAAAUUUCUUAGCUGAUUAUUGAAAGUUGAAAUUCAAGAUAUGAUCAAGCAGAUACUUAGUAAGGUUUCAAGGAAACAGUCAAAAUCGUCGAAAAAUCAAGAUUUUUCAGGUACUCAAAGUUCUAAUAUAACUUCUUCUAGUUCAAAAAGAAGUGAUUUAUCAAGUGGGAAUUCAAGAAAGCUUGUGAAUUCUGACAUUUCAGCUCCCUUGAACACUCGGUUCAAUCCGAAUGAAAAGAAUUUUCGAAAUGGUGGUCCUGUAAGUGUUUCUUAUGAAGCUUUACCUAGUUUUAGAGAUGUUCCAAGCAGUGAAAAGCAGAAUUUGUUCAUAAAGAAAGUUAUGUUGUGUUCUGUAAUCUUUGAUUUCACUGACCCAACAAGAAACCUCAAAGAAAAAGAGAUAAAGCGACAAACUUUAUUAGAAUUAGUCGAUUUUGUGGCUUCUAAUAAUGUUAAGUUCACAGAACCGGUGAUGCAAGAGUUUGUGAAAAUGGUGUCUGCUAACUUGUUUAGAGAACUUACUCCACAACCCCGGGAUACCAAAGUUUUGGAAUCGUAUGAUUUAGAAGAAGAGGAGCCAUCAAUGGAUCCAUCGUGGCCCCAUUUGCAAAUCGUUUACGAGCUUUUACUUAGGUUUAUUGCAUCACCAGAAGCUGAUGCAAAAAUAGCUAAAAAGUUCAUUGAUCAUUACUUUGUCCUCAAGUUGUUAGAUAUGUUUGAUUCUGAAGAUCCUAGAGAACGGGAGUAUUUAAAGACGAUUCUUCAUAGAGUUUAUGGUAAAUUUAUGGUUCAUCGGCCUUUCAUUAGGAAAUCUAUCAACAAUAUUUUUUAUAGAUUUGUUCUUGAGACUGAAAAGCAUAACGGGAUUGCUGAACUUUUGGAGAUCUUGGGAAGUAUUAUUAACGGGUUUGCUUUGCCUUUGAAGGAAGAACAUAAAUUGUUUCUUUCUAGGUCUUUGAUCCCGUUACAUAAACCGAAGUGUCUAGCAAUGUAUCAUCAGCAGUUAUCAUAUUGUAUAACGCAGUUUGUUGAAAAAGAUUGCAAAUUGGCGGAUAUGGUGAUUAGGGGUUUGUUGAAGUAUUGGCCGGUUACAAAUAGUUCAAAAGAAAUCAUGUUUUUAGGUGAGUUGGAAGAGGUUCUUGAAGCAACACAACAACCGGAAUUUCAUCGCUGUAUGGUGCCUUUGUUUAAGCAAAUCUCCCGUUGCUUGAACAGUUUACAUUUUCAGGUUGCAGAAAGAGUUCUAUUCUUUUGGAACAAUGAUCACAUUGAGAGUUUGAUCCGACAAAAUCGCAAGGUAAUACUUCCCAUAAUCUUUCCUGCUCUUGAAAGAAAUGGCCGAUACCAUUGGAAUCAAGCCGUGCAUAGUUUGACUUUAAAUGUUCGGAAGAUCUUCUUUGACCUUGAUCCUGAAUUGUUCAACGAGUGUUUACUAAAUUUUCAAGAAGAAGAGGCAAAGGAAGAAAAGAUCAAAGCUAGGCGUGAAUCCACCUGGAAACGAUUAGAAGAAAUUGCAGCAGAUAAAGUUUCAAGUAAUGAAGCUGUUCUUGUGAAUUAGGAAUCGGGUUAGGUUUGCCCAAAACAUUGGUUAAAAGUUCAAGCUUUUGUAAUCCUAUAUGGAAAAGCUACAAGUUUGUUGUAAAUUUUUGGUUGUUUUCAUGUUUUAGGACACAACAGGUAUGUUAAUUUUAGUAUCAUAAACCAGCUAAAGCAAUGCAUUUUAAUCAAGCUUCUGGCUUUUAUGUUGGUUA